AAUAAAUAUCUUUUAUAUAAAAUAUGGCGAUAUCAUUAAAUUAAACGAAUCCACAGCUGCGCAGCUUUCCAAUAAGUUCGAAUUCCGAUGUUGUUUACCUGUCCAAUUCAUUAGCUUCAAUCAUGUCAAUUGCACGCCACCGCGAUCGGAUUCCCCGGUAGAUCCUCCCAUAAAUCCGUAAGAUCGCCGCGAAAAUAGAUCGCAACUUGUCGGCCCAAAUGUUUGCACAAUCGGUUAGGAACGUUGCUCCGCUUAUUUGGAGUGAUUUGAUUAGCGACGACGUCGUAGGCAGGCACCGCAAACCGGAGCCCUCGAGUUUACCUGCCCAGGUGAGGUGCUAAGCGAAGUCGCAGUCAUGCUGGAGGGUCGGCACUCCCAAGACGUGGUAACUAAAUUUGGCAGCUAACUAAGAAUGAAGGAGGAUAAUCUUUAUCGAGGCUGGAUGCCCAAUAUACGCCGAAGCUCACCCGCUCCUUUGGAUUUGGGCCACAUGUCGCACAGCUUCACCUGCACUGAUCCGAAGGCCAACGAGGUAUCUCCUCAAAAUCUUCCCCCGAAAGCAAAUAAUCUAGCAGAUGACAACGACGACGAUGUCAUCACACACAUCAUGGGGGACUUUGGGCCCUGGCAACUGCGCUCCCUGCUCAUCCUGUUUCUCUGCAAGAUUCCCGCCGCCUGGUUCAUGGCCUGCAUCCUGUUCACAGCGCCGGAUUUGUAUCCCGAGGAGGAGUACAAGUGUGAUACGAGGGCUUUCGGGCCGGAGGUCAACUCCACCGUCUCGCUGGACCACUGCUAUGUGAUGGUCAACUACGGAGAGUCCGGCUACGCCAUGCGCCAGUGUCGAAAGUUCCUCUACACCACGGGCUUCCAUUCCCUGACCAUGGAGUUCGAUUUGGUGUGUCUGUGCGACUUCUUUGUGGCCUGGUCGCAGUACUGGCACCUCUUUGGCCUCCUAAUCGGUGGCGUGGCGGCCACCAAGUUGAUGCGGGUUCUGAGUCCCCGACAGAUUUAUGGAACUGGCAUCUGGUGCCUGCUCAUGUGCAGCCUGCUGAUGGGCCUAGUCAAGGACUUCAGUCUGCACUGUGGACUCCGAUGCCUGGCUGCUGUUUCGUGCUGCUUUAUGAUCACCUCGGGGCAGUAUAUAUUUGGUGACAUAACAGCGGGCAAAUAUCGCGUAGGAGCUCUCCUGCUUUACGACUGCUUCUGGGCUCUAGGCUUGAUCCUUCUCCCUGGCUUGGCAUCCAAUGCUCCCAGCUGGCAGCACAUAUACUUGGGUGUAACUCUCUCCUUGCUGGUGAUUGUCUUCCUGCUGCCCUGGACUCCGGACUCACCGCGCUGGCAGCUGCAACACACCAAGGAAGCUCAACUGGCCAUUGAGCGAACGGUGGGAGUCCUGCUGGAAGCAGCCCGUACCAAUGGUAGAAUGCACAAAGUGUCCAAGGAGUUACCCGCGCAGUUGGAGGAGCUGAGGGAAAGGAUGCUGGAACCAAUGCCCGCAGUGCAUUGGAUGCACUUGUGGAUGGGCCAGCGCAAGAGUACUUUCCACUUGGUGGCCGUGCACAUGGCACUGGCCACCUUCAUGGUAGUCAACACUGGGCUGCUGCUCCAUGUGCGGUCCUUUGGCAGGGAGCACCUGGUGUCCAACACAUUGGCCAUGGGGCUGGCCGAGAUGCUGGGUUGCUUCCUGGCCCUACACCUGACCUUCAACCUGAGUGAACGCAAGUGGCAGUGGGCCGGGGGAUUUGCCGUCGUGGUUGGUUGCAUUGGUAGCAUCUGUUGGUUUCUGGCCGAGGAGGAUAUGCCUGAGGUGUAUGGCCUGACGCUGGGCUUGCUGAUGGCCUCACUUCCCCAGGCGGCUGUGGCCUGCGCCCAGUCCAUGAUCCUGGCCUGCCUGGGCGAACUGGUGCCAGUGGAGCAGCGUAGUUGCCUCUCCUUCUCCGCCGUCACGUGGGCGCGUGUGUGGCAGCUCUCCGCCUCUUUUCUCACGCUGCUCAGGCAGGUGAGCCCCGCCCUCUCCCUGUCCGCCUUCUGUCUGCUGGUCAUCCUGGGCGGCCUCGGCACAUGUUGCCUGGUCACGCGGGACAAGGAGCAGCCAUCGGCCGGAGCUGCAGUAAACAAGGGACAGCAACUUAUUGCGUUCACGUAAUAACGUAUACUUAAUAUAUGUCUGGGCGUAUAUGAUAAGUUAGUUUUAGUGUCUGUCAAGUAUUCGCGAACAGUAUUCGAAUUUAGCUCAUUAAACAUUCGCUUAUCGCGAAUCGAAUAUGUGUAUUGGGUUGCAUACUUUUGGGAAUAAAUCAAAGGUGCGGCAUCUACACGUAUUUUGUUUAAAAUGUAAAGUUUACAUUAGAUUCAGAUCUGAUCAAUGCAAAUCUAUUAUAAACUAUUUGCCAGAAUAAGGCAUUAAAUAAAU